AUGGCACUUUCUUCACAAUCAUUAAGCAAACGUGGAUGUCAUUUUGGAUAUGAUGGUAAUGGAAACAACUAUAACAGUACGCCCGGCUCUGGGAAUAAUAAGAGAAUGUGCUUAGGCAUUUCAAAAGAUUUAAUGUCCUACCAUUCUGUCCUUGCAUGCUAUUCUUCUUCUGACGUUAAUGAAACCGAUCUGGAAGAUGAACAGUCUUGUUAUAGAGCUGACCAAGUUAGGGCCAAAAGAAGAGCAUCGACUCGUAUGUCCUUCUCUGUCAACCCUAACGUGUCCCGUGCUAUUGCUAAGUACAGUGAUGAAGAUGAGGAGCAUAAUGAAGAGGGCCAAAGAUUGGUUGAUGAAAACAUUGACUGCAAGUUAUUGUCUACAUCAUCUAAUACCAAUUCAUCUAUUUGCCUUGCAAAGUUAAAAAGGAGAACAGCAUCUUCAUCCUCUUUCCAUUUGUCUGAUAAUGAACAACAGAAUAACACCAUUACCAAUUCACAAACAUCGGUCAAUAAGAACGAAUGUUUAUCCCCACAAGCAUCUGGAGGUAUGAAACGUUUAGUUCCAUCUUCCGAUAAGAAUGCUAGAAGUCGUUGUUUUGAUUACUUAGUUAGCGCAAUUGAUGAGGCAUGGGCCCGUUAUUGUACUGCUACUUCAUACACUGAUGAUGAGGAAGAUGCUAAGUUCAAUUCUGUCACCCCUGCAUCCAUUGCUACUGACGAAGAAGAUUAUUUUGGAAACACUACUGAUAUCACUGAUUACGAAGAUAGUGACUAUGGUGUCAACCAUCAUAAACACAAUAGUAGUCAGAGGAUUUCUUCGGGCAAGCCACAAAUGUAUCAAAAACUGCUGCCAGUGAAAUCAAUUAGCGUCGAACGUGAUGUAGAUCAAUCAUCGAGUCAAUUACAAGCUUUGAAGGAUCGUUUAACCAAGGCUAAGUACUACUUACAGGAUUUGGUUGAUUCUGAAGACUUAUGCGAAGUCGGAUCUUUCUGGAAGCGUUGGGAUAUGAUCAAGUAUGCUACAAUUGAGCUCGUUGAGGAUGACGAUGACGACGAUGUUGUCGAGAGCACUAUUGAGGAGUUGGAAGAUGGACGUUUCUACCUCAACUAG